CUAAUCUCGAAGCCGCAUUAAAUCAAAACACAGCCGGUUGGGAGAGCGCUCAUUUAAAGCGACGUUUAUGUCUUAAAUUUUAUCGAUCGGUUUCAAUAGCAACGAUUAAUCGUCGUGUAUUUGUGUGUGUGCGUAUAUAAUAAGCACACGGAACAGCUGAGCGACAGCGAUGCCGGCCAAUAGGUCGGAAAAGUCGGACUCUGGAGGGGACAACGUGAAGGUGGUGGUGCGAUGCCGCCCCAUCAAUGGCAAGGAGACUGGAGCGGGCCACCGCAUGGCCGUCCUUGUGGACGAAAUGCGAGGCCAGAUCGCCGUGCAGAGACCCGACUGCAACGAUGAGCCGCCCAAAACGUUCACCUUCGACACGGUGUUUGGGACCGAGAGCAAACAGGUGGACGUGUACAACCUCACGGCGAGACCCAUCGUCGACUCGGUGCUCGAGGGAUACAAUGGUACAAUAUUUGCCUACGGGCAGACGGGGACUGGUAAAACCUUCACCAUGGAAGGCAUUCGAGCUGUGCCAGAACUGAGAGGCAUCAUCCCAAACUCAUUUGCACACAUUUUCGGCCACAUCGCCAAGGCGGAGGGGGAUACCAGGUUUCUGGUGAGAGUCUCCUACCUGGAGAUCUAUAAUGAGGAGGUGAAGGAUCUACUGGGGAAAGACCAGACGCAAAGGCUGGAGGUGAAGGAACGUCCCGAUGUGGGUGUAUACGUUAAAGACCUGUCUGCGUUUGUGGUGAACAAUGCCGAUGACAUGGACCGGAUUAUGACCUUGGGGCACAAAAACCGUUCGGUGGGUUCCACCAACAUGAACGAGCACAGCUCGCGUUCCCAUGCCAUCUUCACCAUCACCAUUGAGUGCAGCGAGAAGGGCGUCGAUGGCAACAUGCAUGUUCGCAUGGGCAAGCUUCACCUUGUUGACCUCGCGGGGUCUGAGCGUCAAACAAAGACUGGGGCCACCGGUCAGCGCCUCAAGGAAGCCACCAAGAUCAAUCUGUCACUGUCUACCCUCGGGAACGUCAUCUCCGCACUGGUCGAUGGGAAGAGCACCCACGUACCCUACCGCAACUCCAAGCUCACUCGCCUUUUGCAGGACUCCCUGGGGGGCAACUCCAAGACAAUGAUGUGUGCAAACAUUGGUCCGGCAGACUACAACUACGACGAGACGAUAAGCACACUGCGCUACGCCAACCGUGCCAAGAACAUCAAGAACAAGGCACGCAUCAAUGAGGACCCCAAGGACGCACUGCUGCGCCAGUUCCAGAAGGAGAUUGAGGAUCUGAAGAAGAAGUUGGCGGAGGGAGAGGAGGUGUCGGGGUCAGAGUUCAGCGGAUCAGAUGACGACGAGAAAGAAGGAACGGAAGGGGGUGACGGCAACGAAAAGCGAAGGAAGAGACGAGGCAGCACCAGCAGCAGUAGUAGUGACAGUUCCACCUGCUCUGUCAAAGAGAAACCCAUGGACAAACCACACUCAUGUGGCUGCAAAAAGAAGAUUCCGGUUGAGAAGCUAGCAGAGAUGCAAGCAAAGAUUGAGGAGGAGAGGAAGGCUCUGGAGGCACAGCUGGACAUGGAGGAAGAGGAGAGAGACAAGGCUCGAGCUGAGCUGGAGCGACGAGAGAACGACCUUCUCAAGGCGCAGCAGGAGCACCAGGCCCUGCAGGAGAAGCUGGCAGCCCUGGAGAAGAAGGUCAUCGUGGGUGGAGUGGACCUCCUCGCCAAGGCAGAGGAGCAGGAGAGGCUCCUGGAGGAGUCCAACAUGGAGCUGGAGGAACGGCGCAAGCGCGCAGAGAAACUUCGGCGAGAGCUUGAAGAAAAGGAGCAAGAACGCCUCGAUAUAGAGGAAAAGUACAACAGCCUUCAAGAGGAAGCCGCUGGAAAGACCAAGAAGCUGAAGCGAGUGUGGACCAUGCUGAUGGCUGCCAAGUCUGAGAUGGCAGAUCUUCAGCAGGAGCACCAGCGCGAAACCGAGGGGCUCCUGGAGAACAUCAGACAGCUGAGCCGUGAGCUGCGCCUGCACAUGCUGAUUAUAGACAACUUCAUCCCCCAAGAGUACCAGGAAAUGAUCGAAAACUACGUGCAGUGGAAUGAAGAUAUCGGGGAAUGGCAGCUGAAAUGUGUGGCAUACACCGGAAACAACAUGCGUAAGCAAACGCCCGUCCCAGACAAGAAGGAGAAAAACCCCUUUGAGGUGGACCUUUCGCACGUGUACUACGCCUACACCGAGGAGAGCCUCCAUCGCUCGCUCAUGAAGCUGGAGAGACCCAGGACCUCGCGCAGCGGCCCCAAAUCACGGCCUAAAAGCGGCCGAAAGAAACGUAGCCCCGGUGCAGAUUCGAUGCUGGACUCCCUCCUGCAGUGACUGCAUGCAACUUCGGUUCUUGACGACCACGCAUUGAGUCCCCAUCGUUCGACGGCGGUCAAAGAACGAGCGAUCAACCAAUACCCCUCUGCAACCGAUACCUCCACCGCAACCGGCCAACACGUAUACACACACGCGCAUGAAACACGACGCGUACACACACACAGCACGUGUUUUUUAGUUCCGCACGAAGAGAUGGCAAACCAGCAGUCUACUUUCACCGAGGUGGUUGGCUACGUACGGUGCGAAAGAAGUUCAACAUACGUAUCGCAUUUUUUUCAGGACCUGGAGAAUUAUCCACACGAUAGGAGUCUAUGGUUGCCCGUGCGAGGCAAUACACGGUGUUAACCCUGUGCAAUGCUUUUUUUUGCCGAUCGAGUUUUUGGUGGCUAUAGUACUUGUACACUGCAAAGCACUACCGGUACACACACGUGUGUGUGUGUGUGUGCGCGACACAUCCGAUUUGCGUUUUGCCGAGUGAAUGAAAAUUAUUUACACGCACUUUCAAGGUGCGUCAGUCGUUCUUGCGACGUGUGAUUAUUGUUAUAUAUGCACUCCAGACAAAAGCACGGUGUUUGCAAUUGUUAAUUACUUUUUGUCUGGUCGGGGUUUUUUGUUGUUGUUGUUUUCAAACGGUAGCAAUUUUGCUCACUGCUCCUGAGAACUUGACGUUUUACGGACGACAGCGGUUUUCUGUUGGGGAGAGGGGCGGGCGAUUUGGGCCGUGCACUAUAACGUAGGGGCCUCGUAUGCCUGUCAGAUUUCAUCACAGAUUUGAAAGUAACGGACAAGGUCGACGUUGUAGCUAUUUGAUUCCCCGCCCUUUGCUCUCUCGUUCGUGGCGGACACAGCAAGCCGCGUGUACGGUAUAAGUCGUUCAGACGUGGCAUAUUUAGUCCGCAUCCCCCCCCCCCCUCUCUUGACUCUCCCCCGGCCCCUGCAAUCCUCCACAAAAGGCUCUCUUGUGUCUUGUGUUUGGUGGGGAAGGGCAAAGAGAGAGGCCACAAUUUAGGAUGGUAAUUGUUUCCUGUCUACUGCAGUUUGUUUGGAGACCUCGGUCUCGGUAAUUAAGGAGAUGAAGAAAAGAACGAGAGAGAGAGAGAACGAUAUGAUGACCCCCGGGGGCUUAGAAAAUUGCUGCACUUUGUGCCCGGGUCUGUUGUGAAGGGUGUUUCCAUAUCGGCUUUCAAGCACACAUCACUCACUGUAAUCAAGGUGUGUGGUGGUGGUGGUGGUGGUCGGGAAAAAGGAAAGCGUUGCUUUUGAUUGGUACAAUCUACUUUAACGCAGAGUUAUGUAAAACUUAAUUUCACGUGUAACUUAUAAGAUAAUACUCAAGUGUUAACAUUCGCCACGUUUUAAGCGUGCCCGCGUGUGUGUGUGUGUGUGCAGUCGUGUAUGAUUUACAUCUCUGUCCAACCCCCUUGUUAGACAAAGGCCUGCUUUCAUGUGAUGAAACACAACUUAUGGUGUAUACAAUAUAUAAUAAAUGUGACGCCUUGUAUGCAUUAAACACGCGCUUUUCGUGUUGGAAGUGGUCUCUAAACAGUAACCGUUUGUAUGUGUGUGCGAAGUAUAUAUAUUGAUUGGUAAAUAUUCACCUAUUGAGAGCCAUUUCACGCUAAUUCCACGUGUUCUCGUGCCAGCUCUGCGUGUUCCGCGCAAAUAAAUUAUGACAAAUUGA